AUGCCACGGUUGACAACCCUUCCCACCCAGGAUUCGAGUCACUGCAACGGUGAAGCUGGGGCUGCUCGUCCCGCGGGUUCUGCUUCCGCUGGGCGCUCGGAACUCCAUCGCGAGUCUUCCUCGCCACCGACGAAUGGCGCUGCUACAGACGACGCGCUGACCGCCUCGCCCAUCGCCCGCGAGCCCGCACCGUCGCCCGACUCGUCAGUUCCCAUGCCCUCUCAACCUCAGGCAUCAGCGCCUCUCCCUCAGAACGCCUCAGAAAUGUCUGGAAACACAUCUGCCGCGGCCGUGCGGGUAGAUCGCCCGGUUAUCCAGUGCAAACGUCUGCGCUAUUCCUACCACAACCCCGCGAGGCACCGCCCGCUGAGUCAGACCGCGCUCCAGCCGGUUCCCGAGCACUUGCCUCCCCCCACAGGCAGCAGCUUGAGCACCGAGUUUCUCGACUCGAUGGCGUCGGCGGCCUCGGCAGUGGACAGCGGAAGAACGGGGACUCCGACGGCGGGGGAGGCAAUCGACGCAGAGGGGGAGCGAGACGCGCAGAGAGAGUGGCAACUCUUCGACGUCUCUCUCGAGAUUCCAGAGGGCGCCCGAGUCGUCGUCAUUGGAAGCAAUGGGGCUGGAAAAAGCACGCUUCUCAACAUUCUCGGCGGAAAAAUGCUCAUUCCCGAGGGCAUGGCCUUCGUUCUCGAGCGCCCCGCCUUCCAUGAUGUGACGCUCGGGCGCGACGUCGCCUGCCUGAGUGAAUGGUGGAAGGGAGAUUUUUCGCUGGACGUGCCGCUGUACGACCUCGUGGGGCCUGUGGUGGAGGCGCACAUUGGCGAGCAGCUGGAGAAGAAGGGCAACGCAUGUAGUGCGCCACACUCCGCCUCGGCGCCGGCUGCAGGAGAGCCACCAGCCGCUGCGGCGCCGCCAGGGUCCUGGGUAUGGCUGUUCCACGGCGAGGGCCUGUUCGCCCCGCUUCCCUGCUGUGCGGCGGCCCCCGCGCAGGCCGGCGCGUCUCUGCGGACCGACUGCGCGAACUACGUGGCGGGGCCUGGCGCGGAUGCCGCCGCAGGAGAAGAGGAAACUGAGUGCAUCGUGAGCCGCGUGCGGCGGCUGGUGACGCUUCUGGGCGUCGACAUGCGCUGGCGCAUUGCGCGCAUCAGCGAUGGCGAGCGGCGUCGCUGUCAGCUCCUCGCCGCGCUCUGCGAACCGAGGAAGGUUUACAUCCUUGACGAAGCGACGAGCGACCUCGAUCUCGUUUCCCGAGAAGGGCUGCUCAGGCUUCUGCUGCACGAGUCCACACACCGCGGCGCGACUGUCCUCUACUCCACGCACAUCUUCGACGGCUUAGACACCUGGGCAACGCAUCUGCUCUACAUCCAGAAAGGCCGAGUGAAGCUCUACAAGCCUCUCUCGGAGAUCUCCGCGAUCGGCGAGCUGCGCGCGUCGGGCCAUAGUGCGCCUCUGUACGCCCUCGUCCGCCGCUGGCUGUUUGGCGAGUGGCAGCAUCACCCUCAGCUGGCGGCUCUGGAACGUAAGUUGCGAGGCAGUCGAGCAGCUCGACCGCCUGCGCGCGCCACGGCGACUCAGCUGUGGCGCGCAAAUCUGCAGGCGUGA